AAGCGCGUCCCCCGUGGGCUCCGGUGGUGCGGCCCGAGGCGGCCGCGGCGGGGAGGCGGGAGGCGCAGGGCUGAGGCACAGAGGGCAGCAUGGCGUACCCCGGGCACCCUGGUGCCGGCGGCGGCUACUACGCAGGCGGGUAUGGAGGGGCUCCCGGAGGGCCUGCGUUUCCCGGACAAACUCAGGAUCCGCUGUAUGGUUACUUUGCUGCUGUAGCUGGACAGGAUGGACAAAUAGAUGCUGAUGAAUUGCAGAGAUGCCUGACACAGUCGGGCAUUGCUGGAGGAUACAAACCUUUUAACCUGGAGACUUGCCGGCUUAUGGUUUCAAUGCUGGAUAGAGAUAUGUCAGGCACAAUGGGUUUCAGCGAGUUUAAAGAACUCUGGGCUGUACUAAACGGCUGGAGACAACACUUUAUCAGUUUUGACAGCGACAGGAGUGGAACAGUGGAUCCCCAGGAAUUGCAGAAGGCCCUGACAACAAUGGGAUUUAGGUUGAGUCCCCAGGCUGUGAAUUCAAUUGCAAAACGAUAUAGCACCAAUGGAAAGAUCACCUUCGAUGAUUACAUCGCCUGCUGCGUCAAGCUGCGAGCUCUAACAGACAGCUUUCGAAGACGGGAUACUGCUCAGCAAGGUGUUGUGAAUUUCCCGUAUGAUGAUUUCAUCCAGUGCGUCAUGAGUGUUUAAGUCAGGAGGAAGACCUAAGAAGAUAAUCCACAUUCAUUCCAACUGGAGUUCUCCUUUGCUCUUUGCCUUCAGUAAUUGUGUGCAAACUUACACAGCCACUUUUCCGUAACAGCUGUUGUAAAGGUUUAUUACUUUAUGUACAACUCAAGUUUUUAGUUUUGAUAAUAUAUUCUUUGGAAUGUUAUUAAUAUCAGAUCCGGUCAGUUAAACACCAUUUAGAACUUCCUUGAGCCAUUGUUAAUCAUGCCUUAUUUUCUUGCUAAGCCUCUUUUAUGUAAAUUUAAGGGUGCAAAUUGUUUAAGGCACAUUAUGUAUUUUUCAUUGUAAGCUACUAAAACCUUUUCAUCAGA